AUGCCCCGACAAUUGAAAAUCACCGUGGACUACAACGUGUGCGUGGGCAACGCCAUGUGCGAAACCUUUGCGGAAAACACGUUCGGCUUGAAUGACGACCGGCAGUCCUAUGUCAAAGACGCCGCCGGGGAUCCCGAAGACACUGUCAUCGAGGCCGCGGAGAACUGCCCGGUAACCGCGAUUACCGUCGAAGACGCUGAAACGGGAGAGAUACUGUUCCCAUAG